CGGGUCAGUCGACUACUUGCUCGACAGAUGUGUCUAAAAAAGGUUUCAGUAAACUACUAGGUGACAAAAAUCAUUCGGAGAGACCACGUAACAAGUCAAAAAAUGGUGAACGAGCCUCCUUCCCUAACGCGUGGGGGGAAGCCUGUCUUCUCGGCAACGACAAAGAACAGUGCAGACGACAGGAAUUUUCGUGUUGUCGACGGCGACAGCAAUGUCAAUAACGAGGACAAAGACGAAGACCGUCCUGCUCUCGACAAGAUCGAUGACAGAGCUGCUUCAUCAGAGGGGAAAAUAGGACAACCACCUGCGCGCCUCAAAGACCUACGCCCCAGCGAGGCGGAAGACAGGAAGGCGCGUUUUCUAAAUCCGAGUAUGAACGAUCCCAACUGGGUUCCAUCGUCCAGUGGUGGAUCUAGUUCAGUCCCAGACGAACUGGACGAAAUGCGAAAUAUCACAGGAGUGAGGAAGUCUACUCAUGCAGCGUUAUUUCCAAGUGGCCCAACAGAGCGAGCGUCGUCAAGCACGUCAAGGCUGCCACCUUUGGACCUCAGGGAUCCCAACGUAGACUGGACGCCAGGUAGUAGGUACUUGCUAAUGCUUCUGGUAGUAGGUACUUGCUAAUGCUUCUGGUAGUAGGUACUUGCUAAUGCUUCUGGUAGUAGGUACUUGCUAAUGCUUCUGGUAGUAGGUACUUGCUAAUGCUUCUGGUAGUAGGUACUUGCUAAUGCUUCUGGUAGUAGGUACUUGCUAAUGCUUGUUCUGGUAGUAGGUACUUGCUAAUGCUUGUUCUGGUAGUAGAUGCUUGCUAAUCCUUGUUCUGGUAGUAGGUACUUGCUAGUGUAAGCUGUUGGUCGGUUAGUUUCUCUAGGAUUGCUAGUUCACUUUGGUGGACAAUGUAGUUUAUACGUAAUCUUGCAUUUGAUAGUUAGCAUCAGAAGAUGAACGCAAAAUAUUCCACUUCCUUCCUCGUCUCUUAAUCAGAAAUGCGUUCACCCCGGUGGGAGAAGCUCCAUGGUGCUAAUCACGUCUGGCUCCACGUAUAUGACCUCGAUAGCUUCACGGAGUGGCUGAAUGAGAGCUUUCUCGCCUCGAAUGAAAUGGGCGCUUAUCACGUGGGAGUCGAGGUGUACGGCGACGAGUGGAGUUUCCUCUUCUACAGCGACGUCCUGGAUCCGACAGUUACAGGCUGUAACCGCGUGCAGCCAAGGGAGCACCCGGACUUCACGUACAACACAAGCUUAAGGCUUCUGGUAAUCCAUCUCGUGAAGCAUCUUAAGUAGGCUUUUUGUUUCAGGGGAAAAAGGUGCUGCCAAAAUGAUGAUCUUGUUCAGGAUCAUGUUGAUAACGGGGAGCUCUAACGAGCAUUUACAUGGGUCGGACGCCUCUUGGUGCUAUGGAGGUUUCCCGCAGAUUGCUCGUUCUGAUGGAUAAGUGGCCUAGUGUCCGCUACCACAUCACGGAGCGGAAUUGUGUCGACUUCGCGGUCGUCCUCUGUGCCGAAUUGCGCGUGCCGCGACCGUUCCCUGACUGGGUCCGUGGCGGUCUGCAUGUGGCAAGAAACAACACCGGUGUGAAAAACGUUGUGGAUGGAAUCUGGUACAACAACUAUUACUCUAGCACUUAUACAGUCUACUCUGUACUAACAACAACUAACUCUAGCACUUAUACAGUCUACUCUCGUACUAGAAGUUUUCAAUAUAAUCUCUUACUUCUGAGCAUCACUCACGCUUCAUAAGUCACACUUGAAGUGAAACUCCCAUCUGUGAGACCACUCCAUCGAGAAUGUUUCCUUGUUUGAGCGAAGAUGCUACGGAGACUCGAUGGAAGUCCUCCUUACAAAUUUACUCCAUAGAAGAAAUACUGGCUUUGAAAAGUAGUCCUAGGCAGGUCUCAUUAUUGUGCGAAGGUGAUCAACUACAUGAGCUUGGGCACUUCUUGGUGAUCAACUACAUGGGCACUUCUUGUUCUUUUCAGGGGCAUGGUUAGGUGGUGGAACCAAGUAGAUGAAGAAAACGCCUACGUCCCACCGAAGGAGUAUACAGCUCAGCACUACGUGGCGCAGACCAAUCCUGGAGCAGCUGCACCUGUUCCAUCUGGCACCACAAGUGGCGCAUCUUCCUCCGCAGCAGGAGCAAAGCCUCCAAUAGCCGCAGAGCGAAAACAAAGAGUCGAAGGGGAAUCGUCACCAGGUGCAAACGAGGGAAAUAAUAUAGCCGCUCCUCGCAUUUCACUGCAUGAGUGGGUACUAGAUGGUGCCUCGGAUGAAGGUGGAGCAAACAAGUCGUCCAGUUAAAGAAGAGGUCUCCCGUGGCGAAAGGGUUGACGUUGAGAUGUAGAGCAGGAGCAGCUUUACCACAGAAAAUUCUCUUCGAUCGUAGUUUGAACUGGAAGUAGCCUGAGCUCUGUGGAGGAUGAUUUGGAUCUAAUUCAUUGCACCGUGAUUUUGCACAGAGGGCUGAUCAUGAUGAAAAACAGGACAACUACAGCGACAAUACCUGCCGCAUGGGUCCGAAGAGUCUAGUACUGGGACUAGAAUCUACAGGAGGGGG